AUGGAAGCUUUCUACAGUCAGUACUUAUCAGAGUGCGCUAGAGAACAUAAGAUGAAUAAGUUUCAGCGUCUUCGACAAAACCAAUUGUUGUUAGACCAAUAUGAGGCUAAGUUUGCUGAAUUGUCCAAAUAUGCACUGAGGUUGGUUGAAGACCCGGUUGAUAAGGCAAGGAGGUUUAGGGAUGGGUUGAAACCCGAGAUCAAGGAUCAACUUGUGCCCCCGAAUCUGAAGGACUAUGAUGAGUUGUAUGAGAAGGCACAAUUGAUUGAGAGGAACUUGGCUGAGAAGGCAACCGCGUCUGGAUCGCGAUUUGUUCCAAACAAGGAUAAUCAUCGGUUUAGGAAGAAAUCGAUGACAGGGAGUAGGUUUCCUGUCCCUCCUAACAAGAAAGGUGGCGUGAAGAAGCUGGCAUCCAAUCAAAACGGUACAUGCCGCUUUUGCCGUAGGAACCAUGGAUCAGCCCCGUACCCUAUGACGACGGGAGCUUGCUUUGGGUGUGGCCAGCACGGCCACCACAUUAGGGACUAUCCACACCAAGUCACGGAAGCGCAAGGACCAAUGCAGCAAGUAGGACAACCUGCAAGGAAUGCCCCGCCAAAUCAAUUGAACCGACCCCAAGUACAAGGAAGGGUCUAUGUUGUCACAAGGAAGGAGGCAGAAGACUCACCCGCCGUAAUUACAGGUACGGUCUCGUUACAUGACCAUACUACUUAUGCUUUGUUUGAUCCUAGAGCUACGCAUUCGAUUGUGGCUAUGCAAUUUGUGGAAUUAGUGGGGUUGAGUCCGAAACCGCUGGGAGUGGUCUAUAGUAUGUCUACCCCUUUAAAGGAUAGCGUAGUAUCGGCAGUAGGUUGUGCUAAUUGUAAGUUGUUUGUUGGUGGUCGUGAGGAUAGCAUAGAUUUGAUUGUCUUGACGAUGUUUGACUUUGAUGUGAUUAUUGGAUUGGCUCAUCAAGUAACGAGCCACAGUAACCUGUUAUCGUAA